CCAGUUCAGCAGGAGGCUGCAGCCGAACUCUAGAAGACAGUACACAUAAUAAACCUUCAGUACAAGAGGAGACCCCAGCUCAGUAUCCAGAGCAUCGUGGAGAAGAGGUUAUACCUGCCACAAGCCAGCAGUAGACUCCAGAUCAGCUUUCACAGGCUCCUGACGUACCUUCUCCACCUCAGCAGGAAGCCACAGCUCAGCAUCCAGAGUCUCAUGGUGAGGUGGAAUCCUCUCCAACUCAGUCUCCAGAACUCUCUAAUGUGACUGUAGUUUUCUCUCCAGAGCAUCCUGUGACAACAGUUUCUCCUCUAGGUCAGGAUCAAGCUCAGCUUCUGCAGCAGCCCGAUGUCACUUUUAAACCCGUGGAUCUUGUACUUAUCGUAACUCCAGCAUUCACUAAUGAGGUUGAAACUUCUCCACCCCAACAAGAAACCUCAGCUCAGUCUACAGUGUCCCCUGAGCAGUUGGAACCAUUGUCAGUCCAGCAAGAAUUUUCAGAUCAGCAUCCAACCCCCUCUGAGAAUGUUUGCCUUCUCCAGUUCAGCAGGAAGCCCCAACUCAACCUGAAGAGCUUCCUGAGGAAACUGACCCUUCUGCAAUCCAGCAGGAGAGCUCAGCUCAGCAUCCAAAGCCCACUGAGUGGGUUGGACCUUCUCCAGUCCAGCAUCAGCACCCAAUUCAGCCUCCAGUGUCCUCUACAGAUGGUGCAGCUCAACCUUUAGUACAUAAUGAAGUGACAUUCUCACCUCUAGGUCCAGGUGAAGUUGAACACCCAGUGUUGCUUAAUAUCACAGUUAAACCCGUGGAUCCUGUGAUUGUCUUAACUCUGGAGCCCAGUAAGAGGUUGAACAUCCUACAGUGCAGCAGGAGGACCCUACUCAGACUCCAGAUCCCCCUGGAGGGAUAGAGCUUUCUUUAAUCCAGGACGAGGCCCCAGCUCAGUCUCCGGUUCCCCAGGGGAGCUCAACUAUAUGUCUGUAGCCCCCUAGGGAGGUGGUACCUUCUCCCACAGAGGAGGAGCUUCAGGAUCAUUCAUCAGAACUCUCUGCAAAGGUGGAACCAUUUCCAGUCCCUCAAGGGACCCUCCUCACCUUCUACAGCCCCCUGUGAACAUGGAAUCUUCUCCAGUCCAACAGGCGUUCCCAGGCCUACCUCUGGAACCCCUUAAAGAGACAGAACCUUCUCCAGCUGAGCAGAAGGCCCCAUCUCAGCCUCCAGCACCACCUAAGGAGGUUGUAGCACAAACUCCAGUGCAUUAUGAGAUGACAGUUCCAACACUAGGACAGGAUCAAGCUCAGCAUUUAAACUUGCCCAGAGUCACAGUUAAUCCUUUGAACCAGGGUCUUCCCACAACUCCAGAACCUACAACGGAGGCUGAAUAUUCUGCAGCCCUGCAGCAGACUGCAGUUCCUCCAACAUAGCCCGAGGUGACAUUUCCAAAUGCAGAGCAAGUUCAGGCUCAGCAUCCAACCUUGACAGAGGUCACAGUUCAACCUUUGGACCUUGAACUGACCAUAAGGCCACAACCCACUAAGGAGGAUGAACCUUCUCCAACCAUGCAGGAUAACUUAACACAGCCUCCAGAACCACCUAAGGAGGUUUUUGUAGCUCAGCUUCCAGUAUAUCAGAACCCAAUAGUUCCAACACCAGAUCAGGAUCACACUGAGCGUCCAGCAUCACCCAGUGUCACAGUUCAACCUUUAGACCAGGGGCUUACCACAACUCCAGAACCUACUAUGGAGGCUGAACAUUCCACACCCCUGCAAGAGACUGUAGUUCCUCCAACAUACCACGAGGUGACACUUCCAAAUCCAGAGCAAGUUCAGGCUCAGCAUCCAACCUUGACUGAGGACACAAUUCAACCUUUGGACCUGGAGCUUACGUUAACUCUGGAAUCCAGUUUGGAGGUUGAUCCUUCUCCAACCAUGCAGCAGACCCAAGCUCAGCCUCCAGAGCUCAUUAAGGAAGUUGUAGCUCAGUCCCAUUGUACUUCGAAGUGACAGUUCCAGCACCAGAUCAGAGUCAUGCUGAGCAUCCGGUAUCACCCAGUAUCACAGUUAAACCUUUGGACCUGGAACUUACCACAACUCCAGAACCUACUACAGAGUCUGAACAUUCUGCAGCCUGGCAGCAGACUACAGCUCCCCCUCCAAAACACCCUGAGAUGACACUUGCAUAGCCAAACCUGAUUCAACUCACAAUUCAACCUAUGGAUGUGGAAAUUACCAUUACUGCAGGAUCCAAUAUGGAGACUGUACCUUCUCCAAUCAUGCAGCACACCCCAACUCAGCCUCCAGAGGCACCUCAGUAUGUUGUACUUCAAUCUCCAUUCCAGCAGGAGGUGACAGUUCCAAAUCCAAGUAAGGAUCAAGGUCAGCAUUCAACAUCAUCCAGCGUCAGAGUUCAUUAUGUGGACCUAGAGCAAACCACCACUCCAGAAUCCACUAUGGAGGCUGGACAUUGUACAUCCCUACAGCAGACUACAGCUUCCCCUCCAAAACACCCUGAGGUGACACUUGCACCUCAAACCUGACUCAAGCCACAGUUCUACCUGUGGACCUGUGAGUUACCAUAUCUCAGCAACCAAGGGUAUCUGAGACAGUUCUUUUUCCUUCGACUCAGUAUUCAGUAUCCACAGGCCUUCCUGGUGUAAAAUAUACCCCAGAAAAGAAGCAGCCGGAACAGAAUGCCACCACAAACUUCAGCAUAUGUGAGCUCUGUACCUGCACAAAUGAGACGCUGUCGUGUGUUGGUCUCAGCCCAAAGCAGAAGCUCCACAGAGUGCCUGAGCCAGAGCCUAACGCCUACAAUGGCACCUUCACCAUCAUAAAUCUUGGUUGCAGUUUACUCACAGAACUGAGCUUUGGAACGUUUCAGGCCUGGCAUGGAAUGAAGUUUUUACACAAGUAAAUUCUCAAUCGUAAUCCUUUGACAACAGGUGAAGAUUCUUAUCUUUUUAAAUUGCCAGCAUUAAAAUAUUUAGACAUGGGAACAACACAAGUGUCGCAGCAAUUGAAAGCAUCGUCAUGAUGACCCUUGAAUUGGAAAAACUGAUCUUACCUAGCCGUAUGGCCUGCUGCCUCUGCCAAUUUAAAAAUAUUCUUGAGGUUGUCUGAAAGACAGUCAAGCUGCAUUGUGACAGCGAAUGCCUGACAGACGUCACACGUUGUGCAUACACGUGAGACCUAGUUCACUGACCAGGGAUCACUGACCUAGUUCACUGACCAGGGAUCGACCCCAGGACCCCUGCAUUGGGAGCAUGGAGUCUUAACCACUGCAC